GGACCGACCAUCAUUUCCUCACCGGUUUGUUUCUGUCACAUGCCUCAGGGUUACACGCGGGCAAAUGGAUGCAGCACAAGAGGGACCGCGGUCAAAUGGGGGAGCUUUGCGGAGCCGACGAGGAGAUGCUGGAGCAGAGAAAGACAAACGAAGCAGUCUUGUCGUCAGAUCCCGUGGGGUUGCCGGCCAAACACGAAGGUUGAUCAAAGAUGCCCAGGGUUGGUAUCAGGGUCAGGAUCAUGGUCGGGAUCAGGAUAUGGCGGAUGCCAGUCACCCCGAGGAGGAGACACAGAAGUCGAAAGCCAGCUUUCCAACCAGAAAGUUUGCAGACGAAAAGCUUGAGACAGGUUCCUACACACCACCCAGCCUUGUUCUCCAAACUAGAAAAGGAAGUGGGCAUUCUCAGCGCUGUGGGUGGCCAGUAUUACUAUGGGUUCUUGGAGCGAUUGGCAGCUGGAGCGGUGUCGGAUAUGGACUAUGGCUAUCUUGGAAGGAAUCCUCACAAGCUCAUGUUCAUCUGCAGCAUGCCAUGUGGCUCUCACAGAUUGGAUUGCUAUGUCUUUCUUUAGCGAUGGCAACUGCUGCCUCGGGUGACACAUGACUGUCGAUAGGGCCAGCCCGUCUGGCCCCGAAAGCAUAAGUUCG